CGACUUCCCCCGCGGGCUGGACUAGCCUACUCUGGAUCCGCUGUGUGCUUGGAGCGCAAACUUCAGUGAAGGGCGUCACUGCUCGCAGGCUGGCCGCUGCCCCAGCUCCACUUCUGACCCUGCUCCAUUUGUGCCUGUUCUUUUUUCCGCCUUUUCCGUUCUUCCCACUCAGCUUUGUGCUAUAAAAGGGGGGCACCAUGAUGAGCAACAGCAGCUACUUGGAGCCGCAGAAGCUUCCUCCGCAGUUCUACCAGAGCACCACGGACACCGGCGAGGAGGAGGAGGAGGAGGAGGAGGAGAUGCCCGCCACCGAGAAGGACCUCGCCGAGGACGCUCCAUGGAAGAAGAUCCAGCAGAACACCUUCACCAGGUGGUGCAACGAGCACCUAAAGGCCCUGAACAAGCGGAUCAACGACCUUCAGAAAGACCUGAGCGACGGGCUGAAGCUGAUCGGGCUGCUGGAGGUGCUGAGCCAGAAGAGGAUGUACAGAAAGUACCACAGCAGACCCAACUUCAGACAGAUGAAAUUGGAGAACGUCUCCGUGGCGCUGGAGUUCCUGGAGAGAGAGCACAUCAAACUGGUCUCCAUCGACUCCAAAGCCAUCGUGGAUGGGAACCUGAAACUGAUCCUGGGUCUGAUCUGGACUCUGAUCCUCCACUACUCCAUCUCCAUGCCCAUGUGGGAGGAUGAGGACGAUGAAGAUGCCAAGAAACUGACCCCCAAGCAGCGUCUGUUGGGCUGGAUCCAGAACAAGGUGCCGCAGCUCCCCAUCACCAACUUCCACCGAGACUGGAGGGAUGGCAAGGCACUGGGAGCAUUGGUGGACAACUGUGCCCCUGGUCUGUGUCCAGACUGGGAAACAUGGGACUCAAGCCAGCCGGUGGAGAACGCCAGAGAAGCCAUGCAGCAGGCUGACGACUGGCUUGGAGUGCCACAGGUGAUUGCUCCAGAGGAGAUCGUGGACCCCAACGUGGAUGAGCACUCUGUGAUGACCUACCUAUCUCAGUUCCCCAAAGCCAAACUGAAGCCUGGUGCCCCACUGAGGGCAAAGACGCUGCACCCCAAGAGAGCUAAAGCUUAUGGACCAGGUAUUGAGCCUAGAGGUAAUGUGGUUCUGAAACCAGCAGAGUUUCUGGUUGAGACAGUGGAGGCCGGAUUGGGUGAGGUACUGGUUUAUGUGGAAGAUCCAGAGGGUCACACAGAGGAGGCCCGAGUGAUCCCCAACAAUGACAGGAACAGAACUUACUCUGUGGUCUACCUGCCGAAGGUGGAGGGGCUUCAUAAGGUGAAGGUACUGUUUGCUGGGCAGGACAUUGACAGAAGUCCCUUCAUGGUGAAUGUUUUGAAGGCAAUGGGCGACCCGACCAGAGUUCAGGCCCGUGGGCCAGGACUGCAGCCAAUGGAGAACGUGGCCAACAAGCCGACAUACUUUGAUAUUUAUACUGCAGGGGCAGGUGCUGGAGACGUGGGCGUCAUCAUUGUGGAUUCAAACCGUCGCAGGGAUACAGUGGAGAUUGUCUUGGAGAACAAAGGUGACAGUAUUUUCCGCUGCACCUAUGUCCCUGUCCUGGAGGGGCCUCAUAUGGUCUAUGUGACAUUUGCUGGUCAGCAGAUUCCCAGAAGCCCUUUCACUAUCCACAUCUCUGAGGCCUGUAACCCGAACGCCUGCAGAGCGUCGGGCAGAGGUCUGCAGCCGAAGGGUCUGAGAGUGAAAGAAGUGGCGGACUUUAAAGUUUACACAAAAGGAGCUGGCAGUGGAGACCUCAAAGUCUCCGUGAAGGGACCAAAAGGUCUAGAGGAGCCAGUGAAGGUCCUGGAGAUGGAAAAUGGCCUGUAUGAGUGUAAUUAUUACCCCAUCAUGACAGGAAGAUACAUGGUAACCAUCAGCUGGGGAGGACACAGCAUCCCACGCAGUCCAUUUGAAGUACAUGUGAGUGAGGAGGUGGGCUCUCAGAAAGUCAGGGCCUGGGGUCCAGGUCUGGAGACUGGGAUGGUGGGGAAGAGUGCUGACUUUGUGGUGGAGGCCAUCGGGACGGAGGUGGGAACUCUUGGUUUCUCCAUCGAGGGUCCCUCUCAGGCUAAGAUUGAGUGUGAUGAUAAAGGAGACGGGUCAUGUGAUGUUCGAUACUGGCCGACUGAACCGGGCGACUAUGCUGUCCACAUCAUAUGUGAUGACGAGGACAUUAAGGACAGUCCCUUCAUGGCUCAUAUCCUCCCUGCUGCCAACGACGUAUUCCCAGAGAAGGUGAAAUGUUACGGCCCAGGUUUGGAGCCUCUGGGCUGCAUCGUCAACAAACCUGCUGAUUUCACCAUUGAUGCCCGCGGAGCUGGCAGAGGAGAGCUGAGGAUCUACGCUCAGGAUGCUGAGGGUUUCCCCAUCAACAUACAGAUCACAGACAGAGGAGACAGCACCUACUUCUGUGUUUACAUUCCCACUAAGCCCAUCAAGCACACCAUCAUCGUCACAUGGGGCGAAGUCAAUGUCCCCAGCAGCCCCUUCAGGGUGACUAUUGGAGAAGGCAGCCACCCGGAGAAUGUGAAGGUGUAUGGUCCAGGUGUGGAGAGCACUGGGCUGAAGGCCAACGAGCCGACCUACUUCACUGUGGACUGCAGCGAGGCUGGCCAGGGCGAUGUUAGCAUCGGAAUCAAGUGUGCUCCAGGUGUGGUGGGACCUGUGGAGGCUGACAUUGACUUUGACAUCAUUAAGAAUGAUAACGACACAUUCACAGUGAAAUACAUGCCUCCAGGGCCCGGGCAGUACACCAUCAUGGUGCUGUUUGCUGACCAGGAAAUUCCCAUCAGCCCCUUCAGAAUAAAGGUGGAUCCUUCCCAUGAUGCAGCAAAAGUCAGAGCUGAGGGACCUGGACUCAACAGGACAGGUGUUGAAGUGGGAAAACCCACUCACUUCACUGUGUACACAAAGGGGGCCGGCAAAGCCAAACCUGAGGUGCAUUUCAGCACAACAGCUAAAGGUGAAGCUGUGAGAGACUUCGAGAUCAUCGAUAAUCACGACUACUCCUACACUGUCCGCUACACCGCGGUACAGCAGGGAAAUAUGUCAAUCACCCUGUGUCAUGGAGGAGACCCCAUCCCUAAAAGUCCAUUUAACAUCAGGGUGGCCCCCCCAUUGGACCUCAACAAGGUCAAGGUUCAGGGCCUGAAUAACAAAGUGGAUGUGGGGAAGGACCAGGAGUUCACCGUCAGUACUCGAGGAGCUGGAGGCCAGGGAAAACUGGAUGUGAAGAUCAUCUCCCCAUCACGCCGACCAAUCCCCUGCAAGCUGGAGUCAGGCACAGCCAAUGAGCUUCACACAGUGAAGUACAUUCCUCCUGAGGAGGGACUGUACAGGGUGGACAUCAAUUACGAUGGAAACCCCAUCCCUGGAGGUCCGUUCACUGUGGAGGGCGUCAUGCCCCCCGACCCUUCGAAGGUGCGAGCCUAUGGUCCAGGUCUUCAGGGCGGAGUUGUUGGUAAACCAGCCCCCUUUGCCAUCGACACAAAAGGGGCUGGUACUGGGGGUCUGGGCCUGACGGUGGAGGGGCCAUGUGAGGCCAAGAUCGAAUGCCAGGACAACGGUGAUGGGUCCUGCUCCGUGUCCUACCUGCCCACUGAACCAGGCGAGUACACCAUCAACAUCCUGUUUGCAGACCAGCACAUCCCCGGGUCCCCCUUCAAGGCCAUGGUCCAGUCCAUGUUUGACCCCACGAAGGUGACGGCCAGCGGCCCCGGUCUGGACCAAGGCAAAGUCAACGAGGCCGGAUCCUUCACGGUGGACUGCUCCAAAGCAGGAGAGGCGGAGCUCACCAUCGAGAUCAUCUCAGACUCCGGAGCCAAAGCCGAAGUUCAUAUCCAGAAAAACAGCGACGGGACAUACUUCAUCACCUAUAUCCCCCAGUUCCACGGCAUGUACACCAUCACCAUCAAAUAUGGAGGACACACGGUGCCCUACUUCCCCUCCCGACUGCAGGUGGACCCGGCUCUCGACACCAGCGGGGUCAACGUCUAUGGGCCAGGAGUGGAGCCCAGAGGCGUCCUGAGGGAAGUGACCACACAUUUCACUGUGGACGCUCGAGCUUACUACAAGAGCGGCGGCAGUCAUAUUAAAACGUGCAUCUCUAACCCUUCAGGCGCCAACACUGACACCUACAUCACGGACAAGGGAGACGGCACCUACAGGGUGGAGUACAUGCCAUACGAGGAUGGCUUCCAUCUGAUCGAAGUGUUGUUUGACGAGGUCUCGGUACCAAAGAGUCCGUUCAGGGUGUCUGUGACUGAGGGUUGCGAUCCCACUCGAGUCCGAGCGUACGGUCCGGGUCUGGAGGAAGGACUGGUCAACAAACCGAACCCCUUCACCGUGGAGACCAGGGGUGCUGGCACUGGGGGUCUGGGCCUGGCCAUUGAGGGUCCCUCUGAGGCCAAGAUGUCAUGUAAGGAUAACAAAGAUGGCAGCUGCAGCGUGGAGUACAUCCCCUUCACUCCUGGAGUGUACGACGUCAACAUCACCUUCGGAGGCCUCCCUGUCCCAGGGAGCCCAUUUCAUGUCCCAGUGCAAGAGCUGGUGGACCCCAGUAAGGUGAGGUGUUCAGGCCCCGGCCUGGGAAGUGGAGUCCGGGCUCAUGUCCCUCAGACCUUCACUGUGGACAGCACUAAGGCUGGGGUGGCUCCCCUGGAGGUGCAGCUCUACGGGCCCACAGGUGUGGCCGAGCCAAUCAGUGUUACUGACAAUGGCGACAGUACACACACAGUCAGCUAUACUCCAGCCAGUGACGGUCCGUACACCGUGUGUGUGAAGUACGCCGACCAGGAGGUCCCCCGCAGUCCUUUCAAGAUCAAGACAUUACCUGCACAUGAUGCCAGUAAGGUCCGAGCCAGCGGUCCGGGUCUGAAUGCGUCUGGGGUUCUGGCCAGUCUACCGGUUGAGUUCACCAUCGAUGCCCGAGACGCUGGAGAAGGACUGCUCACUGUGCAGAUACUGGAUCCGGAGGGGAAACCGAAGAAGGCAAACAUCCGAGACAACAGAGAUGGGACAUACACUGUGUCCUAUGUCCCUGACAUGACAGGACGUUACACCAUCACCAUCAAAUACGGAGGAGACGAGAUCCCCUACUCGCCGUACCGUAUCCACGCCCUCCCCACCGGAGAUGCCAGCAAGUGUCUGGUCACAGUGUCAAUCGGAGGACACGGCCUGGGAUCAGGCAUUGGCCCAACCAUCCAGAUUGGAGAGGAGACGGUGAUCACAGUUGAUGCAAAGGCUGCUGGGAAAGGUAAAGUCACUUGUAAGGUGUCGACUCCUGAUGGGGCGGAGCUGGAUGUGGACGUGGUGGAGAACACUGAUGGAACCUUUGAUAUUUACUACACGGCUCCGGAGCCCGGGAAAUACAUCAUCACCAUCCGGUUUGGAGGGGAGCACAUUCCCGACAGCCCAUUCCACGUGGUGGCAAGCGACACCGUCCCAAUAAUAGAGGAGCCAUGUGACAAGCUUCAGUUACAGCAGCCCUACUCUCCCUAUGUGGGCUUCUCCCCCCAAUGGGCCACAGAUGAACCCAUCAGCCCUGUGAAUGGGAUGGAGCCCGCGCUCCGCCCCUUCAGUCUGGUUAUUCCCUUCACAGUGCAGAAAGGAGAGAUCACAGGUGAGGUGCGAAUGCCAUCUGAUUGCACCGCCUGUCCUCACAUCACUGACAACAAGGACGGCACGGUUACUGUGAAGUACUCACCGAGUGAACGAGGUCUGCACGAGAUGGACAUCAAGUACGAUGGCAGCCACAUCCCAGGAAGCCCACUCCAGUUCUAUGUGGAUGCCAUUAACAGUGGCCAUGUGACAGCGUACGGUCCUGGUCUGAGCCACGGCACCGUGAACAAACCGGCUACCUUCACCAUUGUCACUAAAGACGCCGGAGAAGGCGGUCUGUCUCUGGCUGUUGAAGGUCCAUCUAAAGCAGAGAUCAGCUGUAAAGACAACAAGGAUGGGACGUGCACCGUGUCCUACCUGCCCACUGCACCUGGAGACUACAACAUCAUUGUCAAGUUUGAUGACAAGCACAUCCCCGGCAGCCCCUUCAUCGCCAAGAUCACUGGUGACGACUCUAUGAGGACAUCACAGCUCAACGUUGGCACAGCGACAGAUGUUUCUUUAAAGAUCACAGAGACGGAUCUGAGCAGUUUGAUGGCAACCAUCAGAGCGCCUUCUGGAAAGGAGGAGCCAUGUUUGCUGAAGAGGCUGCCCAACCGACACAUUGGUAUCUCCUUCACGCCAAAGGAGGUGGGUGAACACGUGGUGAGCGUGAAGAAGAGCGGGAAACAUGUGACCAACAGCCCGUUUAAGAUCAUGGUGGGUCAGUCGGAGAUUGGAGACGCCAGUAAGGUGAAGGUCUAUGGCCAGGGGCUGGUGGAGGGACACACCUUCAAAGUGGCUGAGUUCAUCGUGGACACCAGGAACGCAGGUUAUGGAGGUCUGGGCCUGUCCAUCGAGGGUCCCAGUAAAGUGGACAUCAACUGUGAGGAUGUGGAGGACGGGACAUGUAAAGUCACCUACUGUCCAACUGAACCUGGAAACUACAUCAUCAACAUCAAGUUUGCUGACCAACAUGUACCAGGAAGCCCGUUCACAGUCAGGGUGUUUGGAGAGGGCCAGAUAAAGGAGAGCAUCACCAGGAAACGUCAGGCUCCCUCCAUCGCUACUGUGGGCAGCACCUGUGACCUCAACCUCAAAAUACCAGGGAACUGGUUUCAGAUGGUUUCAGCUCAGGAGCGCCUAACCCGGACAUUCACUCGCAGCAGUCACACCUACACUCGCACCGAGAGGACGGAAAUCAGUAAAACUCGAGGAGGAGAGACAAAGAGGGAGGUCCGCGUGGAGGAGAGCAGACAGGUUGGAGGAGACCCCUUCAGAGAUGUGUUCGGAGAGUUUCUGGGUCUGGGUGGGUGCGGCAGCAACCAACCGGCACUGCAGGGUGAGGCAGGAAACCAGGAGAUGACAGCACAGGUGACGAGUCCUGGAGGAAAGACAGAAGAUGCAGAAAUCAUUAAAGGAGAAAACAGCGCCUACAGCGUGCGCUUCAUCCCUCAGGAGAUGGGACCUCACACCAUAAAUGUUAAAUACCGAGGCCAACACGUCCCCGGGAGCCCCUUCCAGUUCACUGUGGGGCCAUUGGGAGAGGGAGGGGCCCACAAAGUUCGAGCAGGUGGAACUGGACUGGACCGAGGAGUGGCAGGAAUCCCAGCUGAGUUCAGUAUCUGGACCAGAGAAGCUGGAGCUGGAGGUCUCUCCAUUGCUGUGGAGGGACCCAGCAAGGCUGAGAUCACCUUUGAAGACAGAAAGGACGGGUCCUGUGGAGUCGCCUAUGUGGUUCAGGAGCCUGGUGAUUAUGAGGUUUCCAUUAAAUUCAACGAUGAACACAUCCCAGACUCUCCGUUCAUCGUCCCCAUUGCCACUCUGUCAGAUGACGCUCGCCGCCUCACCAUCACCAGCCUGCAGGAGAGGGAUCUGAAAGUGGGGCAGGAGGCCUCCUUUGCUGUGCAGCUGAAUGGAGCCAGAGGGCAGAUUGAUGCUCAGAUCCACACACCAUCGGGAGCCUUAGAGGAGUGCUACAUUACUGAGCUGGACAGUGACCAGCAUGCUAUCAGGUUCAUCCCGAGGGAGAAUGGCGUUCACUCUAUUGAUGUUCGUUUCAACGGCAGCCAUGUUCCCGGCAGCCCCUUUAAGUUCAGAGUUGGAGAACCAGGACAGGCCGCAGAUCCCGGAAUGGUGUCUGCUUUUGGACCUGGACUAGAGGGAGGAAACACAGGCGUGGCGUCAGAGUUUAUAGUGAACACGUGUAACGCCGGUUCAGGAGCUCUGUCUGUGACCAUUGACGGCCCGUCAAAAGUGAAGAUGGAUUGUCAGGAGUGUCCUGAGGGCUACAAGGUCUCCUACACACCCAUGGCUCCUGGAAACUACCUGAUCUCCAUAAAGUACGGAGGACCCCAGCACAUCGUAGGCAGCCCUUUCAAGGCCAAAGUCUCAGGGCCUCGUCUGUCGGGUGGACACAGCCUGCAUGAGACAUCAUCUGUUCUUGUGGAAGCUCUCACCAAGUCUUCAGCCAUGGGCAGUGCCUUUGCCUCCUUACCCAAAUUCUCCUCAGAUGCCAGUAAAGUCAUCUCCAGAGGCGGCGGCCUCUCUAAAGCCUUCAUAGGUCAGAAGAAUGCCUUCAUAGUUGACUGCAGCAAAGCAGGCACCAACAUGCUGAUGGUUGGCGUGCACGGGCCAAAGACACCUUGCGAGGAGGUGUACGUGAAACACAUGGGCAACAGGAUGUACAAUGUCACAUACACGGUCAAAGAACAGGGCAGCUACAUCCUCAUCGUCAAAUGGGGAGAUGAGAACGUCCCCGGCAGCCCCUUCCAUGUCACCGUCCCUUAAACCUGAACUGUUGAUCUUCAUGUCCGUCCCUCCUCUGCAGCUUCUCAGCCGCCAGGAUGCACUGAACCCUUGUCACCUUCUGUUCCAGGGGACUAUUUCACACUCCAUGCCCGAGUUCUCAUUUCCUGCUGCAUGCAGCAACACAGUUUUAUAGGAGUCACAUAUAUUGGAGCACAGCUAAAGAGCCCAUGGCAUGCUUUUCUUUGUUUUUUGACUUAUCUACAAUGUUACAACAGUGAAUUAUCAUCUUAGACAUAACCUAAAGCACAAAAAAAUGAGGUGAGCAUAUAUUCUAGGAUUUUGAUGCAGAAGCAACUUGGUUUAUACACGUCUUUUUUUUAAAACAAAAUAAAGUAUUAUGUGAUAGUUUAAG